AUGCACCUUCCGUCGUCAACGCCGUCUUCGGAGACGGCUGAUUCAUCGGAGAGUUUCACCAAGAUAUGCGACUAUUGCCGCAGCAAAGAUUCAUGGGUCAUACACCCAACACGUCUCCGCGGCGCCCUUCGCUUCUUCUGCACGCAUUGCCUCCUCCGCAGCCAUCCGGCGUCGUUUUGCCCCACCUGCUUAACCUUCUACGACUCUUCUCCUCCGCAUCAGUCUCUCCGCGUCUCUUGUUCCCGCUGCUGCUCCUACACUCACAUCCAAUGCGCCGGAGACGACGCAACCUCCUCCACUCUUUACUUGUGUCCUCCUUGCCUGAACCCUAUCUCCUUCUCCUUCUUCCGUCCAACCAUCGACACAAACGGUGUUAGAUUCUUGGAUAAGUCUCUCUCCGAGGCUUUCUUAUGUGCAUGCAAGAUCGCUGCUUUUUCUAUGAGCAAGGCUGUCUACUACGCUAAAAUGGAAGCUGAACGGGAGGGGAAAGAGUGUGACGUGGCGAAGAAGAGAUCGCGUGAGGCUCAAGAGACUCUUGAGUGUUUCGUCAAGCUCUAUGAGAAGGCGAUGUCGGAUUUUGAGAAGGUUAAAGAAGCUUCCUUUGAGGUCUCCGGUGAUGAAGAUCAGAAACUGAAACAGAGUCUUGCAUUGAAUGGUGCUUUGGAAGUGGUAGAGAGCUCGGGACAACUCAAGAAACUGGACCCAGUAGAGCAAGUUAAGCAGGAAGAAUAG